CUGCCCUUCAUUGUUGUCAUACCUGACUUGAGUUCACUUUAUUUUAGAGCUGGUACUUAAUUUAAUACACGCUUUCAUUGGCGCAGCAAGAACUGUAUCUAGUAUUAACUGUUCAGAAUGGUCUGGACUGAACUGAAGGACCAAAAAGCAUGAUUCAACUGCAAUAAAAGAUGCAACUUCAGGCAGCAACUUCAGCUACUAAAGUGGAGUUUACCUAACAGACAAUGGCGCACUUUGUGGCUGAUGUCUACUCAGUUUUUCAACUCAUCCAAGACUGCAGACAAAGGCAGCAUAGAAUGAACUUUGAUGAACAAGAUUUUCCUGACAGUGAUGUUCAAGAAUUGAUUGAGAAAAUGGAGAACAUAGUGGGUGAAAACAGGGGACAAUAUGUAACCUUCACUGAAGAGACUGAGACCAUGGUUGAACCUGAAUGUGCAAAUCCAUCUUUUACAAGACGUGGAUCAGAAGCUUAUGAAUGUAAGAGUAGAGAGCCUCCCAGGAUAGUGCCGAGAAAAAAGUCUGCCAGUUUGGUGCAGAGUAGAGAGUGUCUCAGGAUGGUGCUGAUUGGAAAGACUGGUAGUGGAAAGAGUGCUACUGGAAACACCAUUAUGGGCAAAGAAUGCUUUAAUUCUAAAAUUUGUCAAACAUCAGUGACCAAGCUUUGCCAGAAAGCAACAGGAGAGAUUGAUGGGCGACGUGUCGUCAUAGUAGACACCCCUGGCUUGUACGACACAACUCUGACUAACGAAGAAGUUAAACAGGAGCUUGUGAACUGCGUCAGCUUGUUGGCUCCAGGACCUCAUGUGUUCUUACUGGUGCUGCCGAUCGGUCGCUUUACACGAGAGGAAGAAGAAACUGUGGAACUGAUCAGGGACUAUUUUGGCAAGAAGUCAGAAGACUUCAUCAUUGUCGUAUUCACCAGAGGAGAUGAUCUUGAAGACCAAACGAUUGAGAGUUAUAUAGAAGAAGACACUGAGGGAUCCUUAAAAAAACUGAUAACUGAAUGUGGAGGAAGAUACCAUGUCUUCAAUAACAAUGAUCAGGAGAAUCGUUCUCAAGUCAGCCAGCUGCUGACCAAGGUUGAGGCAAUGGUGAAGAAAAAUGGCGGUGGCUACUACACCUCAGAUUGGUUCCAAGAAACUGAAGCAGCCAUACAAAAAGAAAAAGAGUUCAUGAUGGUGAAGGAACAAGAGAUACAGAGCAAACAGAGGGACCUUGAAAGAAAACACCAAGAAGAUAUGCAAAAGAUAGAAAGAAAAUUGGCAGAGCUAACAUCUAAACUUGAUCAAGAAAGAGAAGAGAGAGACAAAGAAAAUGAGGAAAACAUCAAGAAGCAGGAGGAAUUCCAACGACAAGAGUGGAAACAGAAACUUAAAACUCUGGAGGAAAAACUACAAUAUGUAUCCGCACUAAGUGCUGUCUGGGUGUUAUUAAUACGGGCUAGAGAAGACAUGAGAAAAGAACAAGAGGCUUGGGAGAAGGAAAGAAAGGAAUGGUGGGACAAACGAUACCAAGAAGAUCAACAGAGACGAGAGGAGCAAAAACGACUUGAAAAUCUCAGAAAAGAGCAGGAAUUUAAAAGAUUUCAAAAGAAAAGAAUAGAAGAUGAUGCAAUCAGAAGAGAAUAUGAAGAAAGAGAAUGUAAAGAACUACAACAACUCUAUCUGUCUAAGAAGAAAUUAGAGGAAAUGAAGAAAAAUGAAGAGGAGGCCAAAAAGCAAGCUGAUGAAGUCAAUGAAUUCAGCAAUAUAUAUACCGAGGUUCUUUCAGCUGAGAUGGAAAAGAAUGAAAUGGAAAUGGAGGAUCCUAAGCAGACAGAACAAAACCAAAAUCCCUCAGUGAUAAAACAGUUGUGCAGACACAAGGCAUACCAGAAAGACUUCAAUAAAUUGAAGAAAAAACAAGAACAAGAAAUGAAUGAGCUGAAAUUGACACUUGACAACAAAAAAGAAUAUCUGAACCAAGAAAUCAAUGAGCUGGAGAAAAAACAUAAGGAGGAAAUACAUAGCUGGAUACAGGAACAUGUGAAGAAAGCCAGCGAAAACAAGGCUUGUCACAUUUUAUGAGAUGUUUUGUUUUUUCAACACCCGCACAGUUUCAGCUGAAAAACUGUGAGCUUUUGUUUGAAAACUUAAACUAUAAAGGGAUUUUUUUUUUCAUGUUGAACUGGUGUAGCCUAUAACGCUGGCCUAUGUCAGGUUGUUCAGAUACUAUACCUUUAUUUAACCUAUGUCUGACUAAAAAUGUAACAAUAUAAUACAUUAUGUUCUAUAGUUGUAAGUGCAAAUGUCUGUGAACAGAUAACAAUAUUAGUGGCCAGUGCACUGUAGCACAUCAUUUGUUAACUUAAUACCUUUAAGAGCUGAUUACAUUUUAAUUUUACAUUUAUUUUAUACUUUUUAUUGAUCCCCAGUGGGGAAAUUACAAUUACAAUGUAUGCAUGUUCAGUAGCUGUAAAGUUCAAUGUAUCUGUGUAACAGACUGCAUGUUAGUAAACAUGUCUUAUCAGCUGCAGCCUGUAUUGUCAUUUAAUGACUUUGUCUUUUUGCAAGUCAAGAAAAUGAGAGACAAUACAGCGAAUGUUAAGUAAGGUAGUGAAAACUGUU